CGACCCGCCCCCUUCCACUCGCCUCCGGGCCGGGCUGGGGCUCCCGGUUCCGAGCCCCUGGCUACGGGGUACGACCCCCCUAGCCACCACUACUUGGGGCCUUCUGCUCAAGAUCCCUCCAGGCACUGUGGAUGGAGGCGUGGGGGAGCCUUGGAACCUCAGACUAGUUUUGAAUCUCAGCUCUGCCAGUUACUAGCUUGUGGCUUUGAGUCUGACAAGAUGUACCAGGUCCCACUGACACUGGACCGGGAUGGGACCCUAGUCCGGCUCCGCUUCACUAUGGUGGCACUGAUCACGGUCUGCUGUCCACUUGUCGCCUUCUUCUUCUGCAUCCUGUGGUCCCUGCUCUUUCACUUCAAGGAGACAACAGCUACACACUGUGGGGCCACUCCUUACAGGAUGUUCUCUGCGGCCUUGGACCCCGAUGGGACCGUGUUCCGGCUCCGCUUCACAGCCUUUGUCUGGUGGGUCAUCACUUUUCCCCUGUUUGGCUUCUUCUUCUGCAUCAUCUGGUCUCUGGUGUUCCACUUUGAGUACACGGUGGCCACUGACUGUGGGGUGCCCAAUUACCUGCCAUCAGUGAGCUCUGCCAUUGGUGGGGAGGUUCCCCAGCGCUACGUGUGGCGUUUCUGCAUUGGCCUGCACUCGGCACCCCGCUUCUUGACAGCCUUUGCCUAUUGGAACCACUACCUCAGCUGUGCAUCCCCAUGUCCCGGCUAUCGCCUUCUCUGCCGCCUCAACUUCAGUCUCAAUGUGGUGGAGAACCUCGCGCUGCUCGUGCUCACCUACGUCUCUUCCUCUGAAGACUUCACCAUCCACGAAAAUGCUUUCAUUGUGUUUAUCGCGGCAUCCCUCAGUUACAUGCUUCUCACCUGCAUUCUCUGGCGGCUGACCAAGAAGCACACAGUAAGUCAGGAGGAUCGCAAGUCCUACAGCUGGAAACAGCGGCUCUUCAUCAUCAACUUCAUCUCCUUCUUCUCGGCGCUGGCUGUCUACUUCCGGCACAACAUGUAUUGUGAGGCUGGAGUGUAUACCAUCUUUGCCAUCCUGGAGUACACUGUUGUCCUAACCAACAUGGCGUUCCACAUGACAGCCUGGUGGGACUUCGGGAACAAAGAGCUGCUAAUAACCUCUCAGCCUGAGGAAAAGAGAUUCUAACCCUUUCUCUGAUGCUGGAAAACAAGAAACCACUCUGGCCUUCCCUAUCUCCAUGACCUCUCUGGGCCCUUCUCAAUCUGGGGACUGGGAGAGAAGAGCAGGAAGGGGUAUGACAAGGCCGACCCCAGCACUGCUGACUUCUCCCCACUACUCAUGGGGAUCUUCAAGAAGCAUCACCAUUCACUGAAAGGUCCUAUAAAACUGAGCUGGCAGGAAAGCUCCACCACUUGGUGCUAAAAACAGUCCUGAGGUUCAUGACUACCUAGUUUUUGACCUUUAUAUAGAAACUUUUCACCCAGGUUAGGGUCCAGAGCAAUGGCUGCUACCUGAAGAUCAUAGCUGUUUCUGCCUGGUCAUUCAUCUGACUAAAUGUGUCUAGUAAUCUACCAUGCAUACCCAGAGUGUGUAUACCCAAGUGGUAGUUCCACAAAUUUGCACAGGUGUUCUAGAUGUACCCUCUUCCCCUUCAGCUCAUCGUGUUCCUGUGUGACUGGGGGAAGUAUGUUGUAUGAUUUCUAAGGGCUCUGUCUCUGAGGUCAUCCAAUGGAAAUAGUGUUGUGCUUUGUGCUUGACAGAUAACUUGUCCCAGAAGAAGCAUCAAAUGUAGGAUAUAUUUUUUUUUUCCCAUCUAAAACCUCUGGCUCUUUGGAAUAUGUCUGUAAUCCCAGCAUGCUAGAGGCUGAGAUGGGUGGACUGCUUCAGGGUCCAUGCCAAUCUGGGCUACACAGUGAUGGUGGCACAUGCCUUUAAUCCCAACACAGCAAAGAUAGGAAAAUAUCUGUUGAGUUCAAGGCUAACCACGGCUAUACAGUAAGACCCUGUUUCAGAAAAUAAUAAUAAUAAUAAUAAUAAUAAUUAACCCUAAAAUCACAGGCUUAUAAGACCUUUCCCUCCUUUGACAAGAAGGGAGGGGUCAGAGGUAAUUUCCCUCCUCCAGAAUGGGUUCCUUGGUUUUCCUUUGUCCUCUCCACUGUCCCAGAUCCCCAGCUUUUAUUUGUAUAUUUUAUUUCAAAGGACAAUAAAUUGUUUUCUUUUGCCAACAA